AGAGGAGGGGAGAGGAGAAGAGAGGAGGGUAGGGGAGUGUCGAGAGGGGAUGGAGAGCCGGGUUCCCUUCCUGAACCCUGCGGCCGUGCUGUCGCCGCUGGGCGGGGUACGCCUGUUACAAUGCGUGUGUUGCUGUGUGGCUCUGAGCCUGGUGGCCCACGACGGCGGCUGGGACGGGGCCCCGGGCUACUUCUGCAUGUCGGCAUGGUGCUUCUGCCUGGCCCUCAGCUCCCUGGUCGUCUGCUUCGAGUUCACCCGCCUGCACGGCUGCCUGCGCCUCUCCUGGGAGAACUUCACCAUCACCUUCGCCCUGUUGGCCGCCCAGAUGGUCCUGACUGCCACCGUGGUCUUCCCCGUCUACUUUGCCAGUGACUUGCAGUGUCAGGGAUGCCCCUCCAGAGGAGACUACUUCAGGAUCUCGGCUACAGUCUGCUCGGCCGUGGCUUGCCUCGCCUACGGGGUGGAGGUCCACCUGACCCGGGCCAGACCGGGGUCACUGGGCGGCUACAUGGCCACGGCCCCGGGCUUGCUCAAGGUGGUCCAAGCCUACGUCUCCUGCAUCAUCUUCGGCGCCCUGCUCCACGACAGCGAGUAUGGCCGCUACCCUGCCACACAGUGGUGUGUCGGCGUCUACUCCGUCUGUUUCAUCCUCACCGUGGCGGUGAUCGGCCUGAACGUGGCCGGCAAGGUGCCCGUGCCCCACUGCCCCAUGGACAGGAUGGUGGUCCUCUACACCUUCCUCGCCGUCUUGCUCUACCUCAGCGCCUCCAUCGUCUGGCCCAUCUUCUGCUUCGACCACAAGUACGGCUCGGUGGAGCGGCCGGCCAGCUGCAGCCGGGGCCACUGCUCCUGGGACAGCCAGCUCGUCAUUGCCAUCUUCACCUAUGUCAACCUCAUCCUCUACGCGGCCGACCUCAUCUACUCCCAGAAGGUCCUCUACAUCGCCCGGCCCUAAGGAGUGGGUCUGAAGAAGGAAGGGUCUCGACCUAUUCAUUCUCUCCACAGAUGCUGCCUGACCCGCUGAGUUACUCCAGCACUUUGUGUCUAUUCUAAGAUGCUCCUCGUGGAUAGUUCCCGUUGGUGACUAUUAUAGCUCUGCCCUUCAAACUCAGCUGCAACUCCCUCCCCUCCUCUCUCCUCCCCUCUCUCCCCCUUUCUCUU